AUGGACCCAGUAUCGGCCUUCAGCCUCGCGGUCAAUGUCUUGUCUGUCGUCGACUUCUGCAAGACCUUUCUCGAAAUUCUGGAGCAAGUCAAGGAUGCUGGUUCCUCGUCCGCCACACGAGACAUUGUCGACAUCAACAGCAGCUUGAAGGCAUCUACCGCCAAACUUACGCCGGAAUUGUUCGCCGAAGGCGAAAAUGAGGCGGCACGUACUCUCUCAGCAGCUUUCAAGAACCUUGUCCAAGAGUGCCAGACCUUGUCAGACGAAUUGAUACAUCUCGCAGAAGACCUUUCUGUGGCGAGUGCGAGCAAGCUCGUAUCGAAGGUCAAGGUCACAACUCGCACGAUGUGGAGUCAUGGCAAGAUUCAGGAGAAGAAAACCCGACUGGAAGCGAUUCGCCAACAGCUUUUGUUUGACAUUGUCGUCCCCAUGGCCGCGAGAGAGAAGACGCAAACAGGGCCAUGCAAAAACGUCUCCAUGCUUUUCAAGAAGAGCACGCUGCUGUGCAGGCUGUGCAGGCCGAGCGACACGUUGAGAUUGUCUCUAUUCUGA